GGAAACCGAACUCUUUUCAUUCGGAUCAACAGGUCGUUGAUUUUACCUUAUUUUUGUAUUUAACCUGAAACAUGAUAUGCUUUUCACUGAUUAGGGAUUAGGAAAUCAAUAGAGGAACCGUCAAUGAAUUCAAAGACUAUAACCUUUACAUCCUCUGAGAUUAUUGAAAUAACUUCAAAUUUCAAAACGAUAAUUGGGAAAGGAGGAUUUGGAGAAGUUUACUUUGGCACUCUGAAGGAUGGCACUGAUGUUGCUGUUAAGGUUCUACUUUCAACAGCCGAGCAAUGUCGUAAGGCAUUCAUUGCAGAGGCAAAACUGUUGACUGAUGUCCAUCAGCUAAACUUGGUUUCUUUACUGGGAUAUUGCGAUGAAGAUGGUAAGGAGGCAUUGAUAUUGGAGUAUAUGUCUAAUGGAAAUUUGAAACAACAUUUAUCAGAGAAAAGCAAAAGAGUUUUGAUUUGGAUUCAAAGGCUUCAAAUUGCCUUGGAUGUUGCUUAUGGGUUAGAAUAUCUACAUGGUCGGAAGCCACCAAUAGUCCACAGAGAUUUGAAACCUGACAACAUCUUAUUGAAUGAAUACAUGCAAGCAAAGAUAGCUGAUUUUGGAUUAUCCAGAGAUUUUGUAACAGAAUCUGCCACUCAUAUAUCAACUCACCCUGCAGGCACAUUUGGAUACCUAGAUCCUGAUUCUUUUAAAAUGGGACAAAUAAGCAAGAAAAGUGAUGUGUAUAGCUUUGGGAUAAUUCUACUUCAGUUAGUUACUGGUAAGCCAGCAGUCAUAACACCAGAGAAAGAGGAAAGCAUUAACAUAACUUUCUGGAUUGAUGCUUUAAUCAAAAAAGGGGAUAUCCGGCAAAUCAUUGAUCCAAGGCUAAAUGGCGAAUUCAACAUCAGCGUCGCGCGAAAAGUAAUAAAGAUAGCAGUGUCAUGCGUGAAGCCAAUUAAAGAAAGGCCUAACAUUAGUCAAAUAUUGACAAACCUUGAGGCGUGUUUGGACAUAGAGGUGGAUUAUUCUAAAGUGCUGGAUGAGGCCAGUGGAACCAAUAUCCUAUUCAGAUUCUACAGAAACAUAAGACAAAGACAAAAAGGGGCCAUUUUGAAAUCUAUGGUGGAACAACAGCCACCGAAUUCAGGGAAUAUUAGAAUCUUUACCCGAACUAAGGUUGCUACAAUAACUUCAAAUUUUAAAAAUGUUAUUGAGGAAGGAAGAUUUCAGAAAGUUUACCUUGGCACUCUAAAUGAUGGCGCUCAUGUUGCUGUUAAGGUUUUGCCUCCAUCAUUAUCAAACCAAGAAUAUUAUGAAUUCCGAACCGAGGUAGAACAAUUAAGUCACCUUUGUCACAGAAAUGUGGUUUCUGCAGUGGCAUACUGUGAUGAAAAUAACAUCAGGGCAUUGAUAUACGAAUACACGGCUAAUGGAAAUUUGAGAGAGCAUUUAUCAGGGAAAUACGAAAGAAUUUUGUGCUGGAAUGAGAGGCUUCAAAUUGCUAUUGAUAUCGCAUAUGGAUUGGAGUAUCUGCAGACGUGUUGCAAGUCAUUUGUAGUCCAUAGAAAUUUGACAUCCCGUGUUAUUUCUUUAAAUGACAACAUGCAAGGCAAGAUAUCUGAUUUCGGAAUGGCUAAAUUUUUGCAUAAAGAAUUUGAAGAAUCUACUGUACUUUGCGGAUCAGUUGGAUACUUCGAUCCUCAGUAUUGGGAGACAUCAAAAGUAAACAAGAAAACUGACCUAUACAGCUUCGGCAUAAUUUUACUAGAGUUGUUAACCGGUUGGCCUGCUAUAGCUUUAGAGUGCCACCCUAUUCUGCGUAUAAUUGCUCGGGUAGAGCCUAUAAUGAAGACAGGGGAUAUCGAAAGACUUGUUGAUCCAAGGUUGCAAGGAAAAUUCAAUAUCAACACUGCUUCAAGAGUCGCAAAGUUAGCAAUGUCAUGUGCAUCGAUAUCUGCAGACCAAAGGCCAGACUUAAGUCAUGUGCUUGUAGAACUCAAGGAGUGUUUGGCAUUAGGUAUGCAUUCCCAACAAACACCAACAAACCAAGGGAUACAAAUCGUCAUGGAAGAAUCACAAGAUUCAGAUGAAUUCUAGUUAAGUCCUUGAUAGGCAAUAGCAAAGGCAAAGGAUUUUCUAUUUUUAACACAAUAUUUUCUGUAUGAAUUCCCGGAUGUAUAUAAAAAGAAAAAAUGUUCACCAAUAAAACUUUGCUCAAGCCUUGGUUAGUUUUUCUUGAGUCCAGUGCAUUAAACACAUUGUCAGAGG